AUCGAAAGGCACACUCAGAGUUCACCAGCUCUUCCAGCAACAGCUAGCAUUUCCAAAACCCACCAAAACCAAUCAACAUGAAGUUCUUCGCCGUCCUCGUCAUCUUGUCUGCUGUUGUGGCCAUCGCACAAGGAGGUUCCCCGCCUACUUCCACGCCUCCUUAUUCGACUACUACCACUCCGUCAUCGCCUACGACAACCACGUACACCUACACGACCAGCCCCUCGUACACAUCGCCCACUUACACUGACACUACAACCACCACCGCGAAGCCCUUCAAGCAGCAGCUUCUGUCCCUGCUGUUCAACAAGAAGAGCGGAUAGAACCAUCACUCCGAACCACGAUGCCGCCACUUCAAACGAUCCGUAUCACCUGAAUAGCCUAAAAAUAAAAAACACCAAAACAAACAAAAA